CAGUAGCAGGAAGUCACGUUCCGGAGUGACAGCGGGCAGUUGUGUAACUUCUCGGAAGUGUAACGUUACGCAAGUAUAGCCGGUUUGCAAGAGCCGAAGUGGGGUCGGAGAGGGUGGAAUUGUCUCUCUGUAAGAUUUUUCUUCUCUGCCUGGAAGAAUCAAGGUGGACUAACCCUGCAGUCUUAUACAUGCCUACUCAGCUCUGAAUCCUACUGAGUUCCAUAGAUCUUACUCCCAGCCUUUUCCUGCUUGGACACUGCUCCUAAUACAAAGCGGGGAGAAACCGGCUGGUGACGCAACAGAAUGACGAAUAUUUCGAUCCACUGGUUCCGCAAGGCACUUCGCCUCCAUGAUAACCCUGCCUUGCUAGCAGCUAUGAAGAACAGUGCUGAGGUCUACCCUGUCUUUAUCCUUGACCCCUGGUUCCCAAAAAACAUGCGGGUCAGCGUUAACCGCUGGAGAUUCCUGGUUGAAUCUCUGAGAGAUCUGGAUGAGAGCCUCAAGAAACUGAACUCAAGGCUGUUUGUAGUUCGUGGCAGUCCUGCAGAGGCAUUCCCAGAACUAUUUAAGAAGUGGAAGGUCACCCUGCUCACAUUUGAAGUCGACACAGAACCGUAUGCAAGGCGCCGUGAUGCUGAGGUGGUGAGGGUGGCAGCUGAACAUGGAGUCCAAGUUGUUCAGAAAGUGUCCCACACUUUGUAUGACACUGAAAGAAUCAUCAUUGAGAACAAUGGCAAGGCACCUCUGACUUACACUCGGCUGCAGACGGUCUUGGCUUCCCUGGGUCCUCCAAAACGGCCAGUUCCAGCUCCUAGCUUGGAAAACUUGAAGGAGUGCAGCACACCUGUCAAAGAGGACCACGAUAAGGAGUAUGGUAUCCCUUCUCUUGAGGAACUGGGACAGGAUCCAAAGACAGCUGGCCCCCACCUUUAUCCAGGAGGAGAAUCUGAGGCCCUUGCUCGGCUGGACUUGUAUAUGAAGAGAACGUCAUGGGUAUGCAAUUUUAAGAAGCCUGACACAUCCCCCAAUUCUUUGACUCCUAGCACCACAGUGCUCAGCCCCUAUGUCAAAUUUGGGUGCCUGUCUGUACGGAUGUUCUGGUGGAAGCUGACUGAAAUCUACCAGGGGAGGAAACACUCUGACCCACCGGUAUCUCUGCAUGGGCAACUCCUGUGGCGGGAGUUUUUCUACACGGCAGGAGCUGGGAUCCCCAACUUUGACAAGAUGGAGGGCAAUCCAGUUUGUGUGCAGGUGGACUGGGAUGACAACAAGGAGCAUCUCAAAGCCUGGCGUGAGGGCCGGACAGGCUACCCCUUUAUAGAUGCCAUUAUGACGCAGCUGCGCACAGAGGGCUGGAUCCAUCAUUUGGCACGUCAUGCGGUGGCUUGCUUCCUGACACGAGGAGACCUCUGGAUAUCCUGGGAGGAAGGGCAAAAGGUCUUUGAAGAACUGCUGCUGGAUGCCGAUUGGUCCUUGAAUGCCGGUAACUGGCAGUGGCUUUCUGCAAGUGCCUUUUUCCACCAGUUCUUCCGUGUCUACUCACCAGUUGCCUUCGGCAAGAAGACAGACAAAAAUGGAGAAUAUAUAAAGAAGUACCUCCCCUUCCUCAAGAAGUUUCCAAGUGACUACAUUUAUGAGCCUUGGAAAGCACCACGGAGCGUGCAGGAGCGUGCAGGCUGCAUCAUUGGUGAAGACUAUCCCAAGCCCAUUGUUGCUCACGAAGAAGUGCGGAAAAAGAAUCUCGAACGGAUGAAGGCAGCGUAUGCACGGAGAUCACAGAGUGCAGCUGCUGAAGCGCAGGAUGAAACAAGUAAGAAAGAUGCCAACCAGAAGCGGCCGGAGGCUCCAUUGAAAUCUGAAGUGCGAACAAAGAAAGUGAAGAUCAAAAGCACCUAAAAGUGGCUCAUGUUGAAAACCAUGGCUUAAAACUAAAAAAAAAAAAACCCAAAAGCCAAUACCCACAGUAUAAUAACUUUUUCAAAAUGCUAGAAGUGGUGGAGAAUGGCUAAACUAAAUACUACCUCUGUGUCAUACUCUGCCUCUAGACAGCAAGAGCGACUAGGGAGAAGGUGAGGUCACACAACCCAACAGGGUUUCCAUGCUUAUCUUAUUGGUGGUGGGGGGGAGACACCUCUGGCCAAAUUUGGUUUGGCAGGGUAGCCUCAAUAUGGCCUGCAGGGCCAUUCACCAAACACCUGAUCUUAAAGUGAGUUUCCAAUUGUUCAUUUGCUGGAGUACAGCAUGCUUCCGCUGACCAUCAGCUGGGAGUGUGGCUUGUUCCAACAGCACAAAGCUACUAAACUGCUACUAAAAGCAAAGCUUGUUUCUUCUGUUUUACCAAUGGUUUCAAUGCAAACCACUUCAUGCUACUGAACUACAGGAAGGCCUUAAAAAAAAAGCAUGUAAAUUUUAAUACACCAUAUCCCCCUGCAUCCUAAGCUACUAUUCUCUCAGGACAAGUAUAUCUUGUGGAUUUUCAGAUUAAGUGACAGACAGGAACAGCUACUGAGAAGACACACUAGACUGCCUUCAAGUGACAAUUUUUUUAAAUUAUGAAGUCACCUUGGCAUUUGGGGGGCUGGAAAGGUAACUUGCAAUAUUCUAAAAUAAAAUUGCUCAAAACACUAUCUUGUAUUCACAACUCUCUGCCUCUGUUACCUUGUGAAUAUUAAAUUUUCCAUCAUAGCAUGUUCCUGAGGAACUUUUCCUUCCCUCAUUAAACUCUUGUUGCCAUUAAGCUUUUUAUGCAAUCUUCCCUUCUCAACCAAAAUAAGCAAGCGCCGAUUAGGCUGAAGGUACAGUUCUUUAGAGUUGGAACUGGUUUGAGAGAAGCUGCUUCCGAUAGCACACCCCUACAUUGUCUUUUGCCUCACUGUCAGCUCUUGCCAGAAAAAUGAAUCAAAAUGAAAAAGCAGGAGUGGAAGGAAUGCAUCCAAUAGAAAUUGGUUCUCCCUUUUAAACUGUCUUCCACUCCUUGAAAUAACUUUACAGACCUCCUUUCCUUGUCUACCUCCAACUGUAAAAAGACAACUCAUUCUUUUAACCCCCAAUAAUGCUGCUGCAGUAUUUUUUUUUAAUGGUAUAUAAAAACAGUAAAAAGUCAGCCUGAUUUCUGGGAUAAGGGUGAAAAAAGUUCAUUUCUUCCACUUCAAGACAUAGUUCCAAUGACCUCAGUUCUAAGGUUAUCCAGAAUAACCAGCUGUCAGUUCAACAAGCAAUUUCUCUUUUCCACGAAUCAAGAAACAGCUUCAGAAAGUGAGAUGGAGCAAAAAGCCAGGGAGAUCCAUGGCAAGUACAACAGCAGAAGAAGAGCAAGACUAAAGUGGACAUCUCCUUUUUGAGUAGCACAGCUCCCGAGACAUUUUCUAACUUGCGAAGAUUCAGUGCUUAAUUACAAUGAGGUUUCACCAAGUAUUGGAAAUUUUCUUUCUGAAUCAAGGACCCAAUGAACCU